GCCCCUUUCCGGCAAUCUCUGGCCACCCCCAUUGGCCAGGCUGUCCCUCCCACUGACCCUGGGGCCCCUCCCACCCCCACUCCAGAUAAGGCCAGCCCAGGACUGCUUCACUGGGCACUAGGCACGAGGGCUGGAAUGGGGCCGCCCGGCUCCCCGCGGCAGUGGGUCCUGCUGCUGCUGGGGCUGCUGCUCCCCCCCGCCGCCCCCUUCUGGCUCUUCAAUGUGCUCUUCCCCCCGCACACCACGCCCAAGGCUGAGCUCAGUAACCACACACGGCCCGUCAUCCUCGUGCCUGGCUGCCUGGGGAAUCAGCUGGAAGCCAAGCUGGAUAAACCAAAUGUGGUGAACUGGAUGUGCUACCGCAAAACAGACGACUUUUUCACCAUCUGGCUGGAUCUCAAUAUGUUCCUACCCGUUGGGGUAGACUGCUGGAUCGAUAACACCAGGGUUGUCUACAACCGCAGCUCUGGGCGAGUAUCCAAUGCUCCCGGUGUACAGAUCCGUGUUCCCGGCUUUGGCAAGACCUACUCUGUUGAGUAUCUGGACAACAGCAAGUUGGCAGGUUACAUGCACACACUGGUUCAGAACUUGGUCAACAAUGGGUAUGUGCGGGAUGAGACGGUGCGGGCCGCCCCCUACGACUGGCGGCUGGAGCCCAGCCAGCAGGAGGAGUACUACCUGAAGCUUGCUGGGCUGGUGGAGGAAAUGCACGCUACCUACAGAAGGCCUGUCUUCCUCAUUGGGCACAGCCUCGGCUGCCUGCACUUGCUCUAUUUCUUACUGCGCCAGCCCCAGGCCUGGAAGGACCGCUUCAUCGAUGGUUUCAUCUCUCUUGGGGCUCCCUGGGGUGGCUCCAUCAAGCCCAUGAUAAUCUUGGCCUCAGGUGACAACCAGGGCAUCCCAAUCAUGUCCAGCAUCAAGCUGAAAGAGGAGCAGCGCAUGACAACAGCGUCCCCCUGGAUGUUUCCCUCCAGCCAGGCAUGGCCCGAGGACCACGUGUUCAUUUCCACCCCCACCUUCAACUACACAAGCCGUGACUUGCAGCGGUUCUUUACAGACCUGCACUUUGAGGAAGGCUGGUACAUGUGGUUACAGUCACGAGACCUGCUGGCAGGGCUCCCAGCACCUGGAGUGGAAGUAUACUGUCUGUAUGGCGUGGGCCUGCCCACACCCAGCACCUACAUCUUUGACCAUGGCUUCCCCUACACGGACCCUGUGGGUGUGCUCUAUGAGGACGGGGAUGACACCGUGGCCACGCGCAGCACCGAGCUCUGUGCCCACUGGCAGGGCCGCCAACAGCAGCCUGUGCACCUGCUGCCUCUGCCUGGGAUACAGCACCUCAAUAUGGUCUUCAGCAACCAGACACUGGAGCAUAUCAAUGCCAUCCUGCUGGGUACCUACCGAAAUAGCACCGCCAUACCCCCAACUGCCAGCCCAAGGCCCAUGCCCCCUGAAUAAAGACCUUCCUUUGCUGCUAUAAGCCCUGACGUGUGUUAUGGGUUCAGGGAAAGGCGCUAGGGUCCUCACACCAGGAUUCAUUCAUCUGCAGGCCUGGUGCUUUGUGGAGCAUAGGGCAAGAAGAGCUUUGCUAGAGCCUGGGAUUGAAUUGGGCACCUUGAGAUGUACAGCUUCCCACUCUUCUGAUUGAGCUAUUUAAGCAGCCUCUCCGUGCCUGCCUCUGCUCUGGGCAGGGGACUGGAGGGAGCUGCACACACAGCUGUAGAAUGGGGGUAUGUGGAGCCUAGGGUGCAGGAUGGGGAAGAUCUGAGCUGCCCCUCCUAGCUCCCAAAAGGGCAGGUGAGACCCCGCCUCUAGACAGAGACUUUUGAGUGCUAGGUGGGUGACAGAAGCACAAGAGUUUAGCAUCUAGGAGAGUGACAGGCACUAAAUAGGUCAUUUCACUACUGAAGAUUUAAUUAAUGGAGCUAAGUGAUCUGAGAGAAAAGUUUAGGGAGGAACAAGGUGGUGAUUCUUGUGGGUUAGGGAAGGCUUCCCAGAGGAGGUGGUGCCUGUGCUGAGAUGAGAUGGAAUGAGAAGGGUAACUGUAAAGACUGGUUUCAACCUAAGAGCAGCAUGCAGCUGAUACAGGGUUUAACCAGGGAAAGAGUGUGACCAGAUCUCCAAUCUAGAAAAGAGCCC